AUUAUCAUCACACCAUCCCUUAAUCGAUUCUUAAACGAAGUUAAUAAACAAAACAGGUAUUCCAGCACAGGCCAGCCAUACCUGAAAACCUCAACAAAUAAGCUUGGAGAGAAGCUUCAUCGAUUCCCUAAUAUUCAAACCCUUCUGGCCUUCUCCCUCUCUGUCUCUCUCCCUCGUUACCGCGACGUUUCUCUUCCUUCCUUUCUUUCUCUCUCUCAACAUUUUCUCUUCCUCCAAGCACGCCACAAAAGCCCCAUACCUGAUAUCACUAUCUUGCACAAAUUCUCAGGGAAUCUCUCUCUCUAUCCCUUUUUUCUGAAUCGUCACGACCACCACUACCCAAUUGGGAAGAGAUCAGGUUUCAUUUGGUUUCUUUCCUUUUUGCCGCCUGUGCCCAGUUUCUGAUUUCUCUCAUCCUCAUCUCUCAGGUGCGGUUUUGUUUACCAGUCCUUUCGUUUCGGUUUAUUGGGUCGACGCAAAGUUGCAAGCUUUCUUUGAAACAGGGGGGGAGAAAGAAAGGUUUUCUUUUUGGUUGUUGUUUAAUGUUGUCAAUUUCGUGCAUUUUUCGAAGCUCUUGGGAAUUUGGGUAUGGUUUUGAUUCUAUGGAAUUUCGUAUUGAAUGUUUGAAUUUGAGCUAGCCGAUCGAUGAAAUGAAACCAUAACUUUUGAAGCUUUCCUUUUUCCCUUUAGAGCGAGGGAAUCGCCUUUUUGUAUCAUUGUGUGCUCGUGGUCGAGUUUUUGUGGAAUUCUGAUUCUGAGUUAGUGGUCUUCACCAAGCAAUAAUUCAACCCAAUUGUCUGGCCUUGGAUUGGUCUGUCAUGAGCAUCAUUUUGCUGAAAAAGUUGGUAUCUUUUUACCUAUUUCUUACUUCUUUCAGGAGGGCCUUUUUAAAUCGUACCUUCUUCUUGGCCUAAAUUUGUGGGGUGAACAAAGAGAGGAGAAGGAUGAGAAGAAGCGUUCGAUCGGUCCGCCACUUUGUUUAUGAUUUUCAAGAAUGCAGUAGUUCAUCAGCUAGAUUGGUUGGUGGAAGAAGGCAGAGGAUUUUGAUACAGGCCAACUCUGCCUCUCUCCAUACUUCUUUCACUAACACUGAGAGGGAUAGAUUUCUUCUACCCCAUAAUAAAUUCGCCAACUUUAGAGCUUUGUCUACUGAUGCUGUUGCACGAGUUCCCGAUUCAGUUGCAGAUGCCCACAAGGCAGGGCCGCUUGUGGAGUAUGAAAGAAGGAUUGCCGCUGGAGAACUUAUGGAUGGUGAUAGCUGUCAGGUAGGAACAUUGAGAGAACUACAAAGGCUCUUUGACGAGAUUGUUGAGUCGGCUGAUGCCUGCAAGUUAGAUCGAUAUUCUACUUCUGAUAAAUCAGGAAGGAGUCGGUGGUUAUGGUCACGUUUCAUCCCACAGUCGACAUAUUCGCCUGUGAAAGGGCUGUAUCUUUAUGGAGGUGUAGGCACUGGGAAGACCAUGCUGAUGGACUUGUUCUAUGAUCAAUUGCCUUGCAGUUGGAGGAAAAAGAGGAUCCAUUUCCAUGACUUUAUGCUCAAUGUCCAUAGUCGCUUGCAAAGACACAAAGGUGUGUCAGAUCCACUUGAAGUAGUUGCAGGGGAGAUCUCUGAUGAGGCGAUUUUGUUAUGUUUAGAUGAGUUCAUGGUGACUGAUGUAGCUGAUGCAUUGAUACUGAAUCGCCUCUUUGGACAUCUAUUCAGCAAUGGCGUUAUUCUUGUUGCCACUUCAAAUCGCAACCCUGAUAAGCUCUAUGAAGGUGGACUACAAAGGGAUCUCUUUUUGCCCUUCAUCCAAACUCUGAAGGAAAGAUGUGUGGCUCGUGAAAUUGGCUCAUCAGUAGACUAUCGAAAAUUGGGCUCGGCUGAGCGAGGAUUCUACUUCGUCGGGAAAGAUAUAUCCAGCCUCCUAAAGCAGAAGUUUCAGGAAUUGGUUGGUGAACACAAAGUUGGACCCGAGGAGGUGGAAGUAGUGAUGGGAAGAACAUUGCAGGUCCCACUCGCUGCUGAUGGAUGUGCAUACUUUCAGUUCGAGGAACUUUGUGAUAGACCUCUUGGAGCUGCAGACUACUUUGGAUUGUUCAAGAAUUUCCAUACACUUGCACUAGAAGGUAUCCCAAUCUUAGGACUCCACAACAGGACCGCAGCAUAUCGAUUCGUGACAUUAGUCGAUGUUAUGUAUGAAAACCGGGCAAGACUGUUAUGCACAGCAGAGGGAACUCCAUUGGAGCUCUUCCAGAAGAUAGUGACAAUUUCUGAUGCCCAGCAAAUGGCCCCUAGAACUUCUACCCGAUCAAGGAGGAGCGACGAGGCUGAUCUCUGUGUAGAUAAUGAACUUGGGUUUGCCAAAGAUCGAACCAUAAGUAGGCAAAAAAGGCGGCUCUUCGAAUCCUUCAAUGCGAAGCUGAGAGACGACGUUCGCAGCCAUGGCCGCCAUUCGAAAGCUCGUCACUUUGCGCUCCUAUUCACAGGAUUUGGAGGGUGUACUAGGAGGUACGGAGUUUUUAGUGCUUCGGCUGAAGCUGAGACUUUGGAUUUUGAUGAUGAAGUUUCGAAGAUUAGAAAUCAGUUUGAGGCAGCGAAGAACAAUUUUCUUAGUGUCCCAGAGUCGUUAGCUGGAAUGCCGAAAAUGAAUCCCAAAGGGAUCUAUGUGAAUAAGAACCUGAGGUUGGAUAACAUUCAAGUGUAUGGAUUCGACUAUGAUUACACAUUAGCACAUUACACUUCCAACUUGCAGAGCUUGAUCUAUGAUCUUGCCAAGGAGCAUAUGGUCAAUGAGUUUAGGUACCCUGAAGUAUGCAUGACGUUCACAUAUGAUCCUACUUUCCCGAUUAGAGGUUUAUACUAUGACAAGAAAAAUGGGUGUCUCUUGAAGCUCGAUUUCUUUGGGUCAAUUGAGCCAGAUGGAUGCUACUUUGGUCGACGCAAGCUUAGCAGGAAGGAAAUCGAAGAGAUAUAUGGCACAAGACAUAUUGGUCGUGAUCAAGCUCGUGGACUUGUUGGUCUCAUGGAUUUCUUCUGCUUUAGUGAGGCAUGUCUCAUUGCUGAUAUAGUGCAACACUUUGUCGAUGCUAAGCUAGAAUUUGAUGCAUCUUAUAUCUAUCAAGAUGUGAAUCGUGCCAUUCAGCAUGUUCAUCGUAGUGGAUCAGCUCACAGGGGGAUUCUUGCCAACCCGCAGAAAUAUCUUUUGAAAAAUCAUGAAGUCCUUCGCUUCCUUGAGAUGCUGAAGGAGAAAGGGAAGAAACUUUUCCUGCUGACCAACUCUCCUUAUUACUUUGUGGAUGGGGGAAUGCGUUAUAUGUUGCAGGAUUCUAUUGGUUGCAGAGAUUGCUGGAGGGAUCUUUUUGAUGUCGUUAUUGCCAAAGCCAAUAAGCCAGACUUCUACACUUCUGAGCACCCAUUUCGAAUCUAUGACACAGAAAGGGACACUUUGACUUUCACAAAGGUGGAGUCUUUUGUCCCAGAUAAAAUCUAUUACCAUGGAUGCCUCAAAUCCUUCCUUGAAAUUACCAAGUGGCGUGGUCCAGAGGUGAUUUAUUUUGGUGAUCACCUAUUUAGUGAUCUUAGGGGCCCUUCGAAGGCUGGUUGGCGAACUGCUGCUAUAAUACGUGAACUAGAAAACGAAAUACGUAUACAGAAUGGGGAUAGAUAUCGGUUUGAGCAGGCGAAAUUCAAUAUCAUACAAGAAAUGCUGGGGAGAUUGCACGCCAUUAUACCAAACAGCAACAGGAGUGAUGCGUACAGAUGUCUCGUUGAGGAGCUGAACCAAAAGAGGCAAGAGGCGAGGAAGACGAUGAGGAAGAUGUUCAACCAGUCGUUUGGCGCCACGUUCCUAACAGACACGGGUCAGGAAUCAGCUUUCGCCUAUCACAUUCAUCAGUAUGCAGAUGUGUACACCAGUAAGCCCGAGAAUUUCCUCCUCUAUCCGCCCGAGGCAUGGCUUCAUGUACCUUUCGACGUCAAAAUCAUGCCCCAUCAUGUCAAGGUCCCUUCGAGCUUAUGCGGCACUUGAUCGAUCUGAUAUCAGCCGUCAAGACAGCCACAUUUUGAUAGCUUUUUCGUGGCUGAAGGGUUUUGCAUUUGAAAUGGCGGCCAUCCGAGUUUAGCCAAAACAGAAUAAUGUAAGAUGCAAACUACUAUAUAGACACUGGUAGUAUUCUUUGCUAGUGAUUAGACAUCUGAAAUCCAAACCUUCCCCAUUUGUGAAGUGAGGAUGCCCUUUUGGUCUUUGUAAUUGUAUAUAUACCAGAUGAGACAUGACUUCCCCACAAAACUGGAAUAUGUGACUUUGUUCCUUCUAUCAGUAUGUUAAGUGUUAACUAUGAUAUCUGGUGACAAAAGAGUCGCACUUGGCACGUUAUGCAGCCUUGUUAUGAC